AUGGUAUUAUUAAAUAAUUCUAAAUUCAUCGAAGAAUUAACAAAACUGUGCAGCAAAAAUGAAGAACAGAAUAGAGCUUCGAUAUGGAUUACCAUAAAGAAAGUUAAAAGAAGUGACAUAAAAACGCGUAUUCCCAAAAAUGAAAUUGGUGACAAAAGAAAUAAAAAAAAUUAUAAAGAUGAAAAUAAAAAUAACAAAAAUUAUUUUUGCAUAAUUAGAGCAACAGAUGGAAAAAAAGUUAAAUUAUCUACACAUGUUUCAGAUGAUGUAAUUAAUUUUUCUCAAGAGAUAAAUAAUAUAAUAAAAAAGUAA